AUGGGGUUAACGAUAGCAGAGGCGUGCGCGUCUUCGGGCCCACGCUACGGCUUCUUGGCGCCGUGGAGCGAUCCGCGCCUCGAGUUUCGCCAGCUCCGCGUCGUCAACGACACCAAGACGCUCUUCCACGCCAUUCCCAUGGCAGGCUGCCAUGCGUGCCACACUACGAUGGCGACCGCGCUGGAUGCGUCGAUGGGGCGUUUGCAGCUGCAUGUGCCAACGUCGAUCGUGGCCUUGCCCAACGUGUCGCUCCAGCUCCAGGUCCACUGCCACGCCCGCCUCGCCGACCUGCGCAUCGUCCAGUGCUUCUACUUUGGGCCCAACGAUGUCGUGGUGGUGAACACAUCGCUCGGCGCUGUCCCGGCGCACGUGACGCACCACCGUGCCAAGCGACAUCUUGUCUUUCAAAGCAACUCGCUCUUCCUGCACAUGCGGGUCGAUGUGUGGUUCUUUGACCAAGCUGCGGAGAGUGCUCGGCUCUGCGACAGCGUGCGCGACGGCUUUGCCCACCUCGUGCUCGAGAGCUUGCAUCGUGGCGUCCUCGCGUGGCCGCACCCGCCGCCGGCACUGCACGAGGCCGUCCGGAAGCGCUACCCAACGCUUCUCUCGCUGCUGCUCGAUCACAGCGUGCCCGUCGACACCUAUGAUGCGAAGGCCCGCACGGCGCUGCUUGUUGCCGUUGAAGACGACGCCGAGGCCAUGGCAGCGCUUCUGCUCCAGCGCGGCGCGGCGCCAAACAAGGAGACGGACGGUAGCUCGCCGCUCUUCCGAGCCAUCCAGCUAGGACAACUCUCGAUGGUGACGUGCAUGUUACAGCACAAUCCACGCGCCGUCGUCGACGCGAUCGCGCCCACCAAUCGAAUCGACCCUGACAGCAGAGACCUCUCGGGCCUCAUGUAUGCGUACCGGUGCAACCAACCAGAGAUCGCAGAAGCGCUCUUACACGCCGGCGCAAGUGUCCUUGGACCGCCCACGGGGCACACCAGUGUGCUCUACUACUGCGUCGCUUACCUCACGGACGAAGACGCGCAGCUUACGCAUCUGAAGCGCCUUUUAGCCUUGGGCGCCGCCUGUGAGAUCUACAAAGCGGCCUCGUGCGUCAAGCCAAGCGCCAUCGUCCACGCAAUCCGCGUUCGUGCGUAUACGACGGUUGCGUUGCUAGUGUCCUAUCCAGGCAUGGCAGAGGACCCAAUUGCCGUAUCGUACCGGCCGAUGCUGCACCGCCUUGCGAUCGAGUGCGACGACGACGGACGCAUGCUGCGCACGCUGCAACUGGAACACUACGAACGCGACGAAGUCGACAACACGUCUAUCGAACACGUCUUGCAUCUCAAGUGGCUCCGGCAAAACGCCGAGAGGCUCGAUGCGAAGCGCCCGAUCUAA